AUGCAUAUUCUGGGUGAUAAAUAUUCACUAUCUUUCAUCUUAUCUAUUUAUCUAUACAUCUUCUUAUCUAUCUAUCUAUCUCUAUUCUUAUCUAUCUAUCUAUGUUCUUAUCUAUCUAUCUAUCUCUAUUCUUAUCUAUCUAUCUAUGUUCUUAUCUAUCUAUCUAUCUCUAUUCUUAUCUAUCUCUAUUCUUAUCUAUCUAUCUCUAUUCUUAUCUAUCUCUAUUCUUAUCUAUCUAUCUCUAUUCUUAUCUAUCUAUCUAUGUUCUUAUCUAUCUAUCUAUCUCUAUUCUUAUCUAUCUAUGUUCUUAUCUAUCUAUCUAUCUCUAUUCUUAUCUAUGUUCUUAUCUAUCUAUAUCUCUAUUCUUAUCUAUCUAUGUUCUUAUCUAUCUAUCUAUCUCUAUUCUUAUCUAUCUAUGUUCUUAUCUAUCUAUCUAUCUAUCUCUAUUCUUAUCUAUCUAUCUAUCUCUAUUCUUAUCUAUCUAUCUAUCUAUCUCUAUUCUUAUCUAUCUAUCUAUCUAUCUCUAUUCUUAUCUAUCUAUCUCUAUUCUUAUCUAUCUAUCUAUCUAUCUCUAUUCUUAUCUAUCUAUCUAUGUUCUUAUUUAUCUGUCUUUCUCCAGGGUACAAUGGAUAA